AUACCAGAUCAAGGAGAAGAGCAUCCUGUAUAAGCCGUAAGCAUGUUCAUGAUUCUUAGACACAAAUAAAUCCCCACUGAAAUCAUAUAUAAAGCAGCUAAAAUCAAAGAUAGGAACUUUGGAGGAACACCCUGAACUUGAGAUAAACAAUGGCAAUAAUGGCUGCGAUUAUGACUCUAACCAAAAGAUGACCAACUGGAUGUCUGAUAGGAACUACAAUAAAUACAAAAGUUUAGAGAAUCACUCAAUGUUGCUAAAUAAGCAACUGAGGAGAAGAAAAAGGAAUAGAAUGAGCACUGGAGGGCUUGCUAACAAGUUUAAAUUUUCAGAUGAUCAGUGAGAUGGGUUGAAAUUGCUCAGAUUAAAAUUACCAAAGAUAGACGAAGGUUUAAGAAAAUAAGUCAUUGAUUGCUUCUCAAGACAAUUUAAUUGCUAAUCAAACUCCUUCAAGUCCUGCCUCAAGUUGUCUCGCUCCAAAUGUCAGCUAUGUUUCUGAAGGAUUUGAUCCAGCAUCUCAAACAAGACAAGAACCAGAGCCAGUCUACAUGAACGUAGUGAUAAAAAGAAACCUUGGUCGAAAGGACUACGGUUAGCUUAAUGAAGUUUGCCAAAGUAUCUCAUUUAAGAUGUAUGU